CUCUCUAGCAAGUCAGCCGGUUCCUUCGGCGGCCCGUGUGCCGCAAAAGCUCUUCCCCGGACAUGGUGCGGAGGGUGGCCGUCGUGGGAGCCGGCGUGAGCGGCCUGGCCUCCGUCAAAUGCUGCCUGGACGAAGGGCUGGAGCCGACCUGCUUCGAGAGGAGCGACGGCAUCGGCGGGGUGUGGCGGUUCACCGAAAUUCCAGAAAAGGGGAGGACCAGCGUUUACAGAUCGGUGAUAACCAACACCUCCAAAGAAAUGACCUGUUUCAGCGACUUCCCGUUCCCGGAGGAUUGGCCCAACUAUAUGCAUCACUCUUCGCUCCUGCAGUACCUCAAGGACUACGCUGAGCAAUUCCACCUCCUGGACCAUAUCCAUUUCCAGACCACCGUCUGCAGCAUCAGGAAACAUCCAGACUUCACAGCUACUGGGCAAUGGCUGGUUUGCACGGAAACAAACGGGCUGCUGGAAUCAGCUGUUUUUGAUGCCGUUAUGGUUUGCAGCGGCCGUUACAAGGAUCUUAAUUUUCCACUUGGUUCUUUUCCUGGGAUUGAAAACUUUAAAGGCCGCUACAUGCACAGCUGGGAAUAUAGAGAUCCAAAAGGGACUGAAGGGAAAAACGUCCUCGUUAUUGGUGCCGGGAAUACCGGAGGGGAUGUCGCUGUGGAGCUGAGCCACACGGCCGCCAAGGUCUUUCUCAGCACCAGAACUGGGACGUGGGUGUUAAGCCGCAUCUCCAGGGCUGGCUGGCCUUUUGACAUGGCUUUCUCAACGCGUCUCAGCGGGAUCAUUCAGAAGCUCCUUCCAGCAGAGCUCAUACUGAAGAGGAUGCUGCCAAGGAUAUGCAAUAGGUGGUUUAACCAUGAGAACUACGGCCUGGUCCCCUCCCAAAGGCCAUGGCUAUCUGUAAUCGUGAAUGACGAGCUGCCCAGCUGCAUCCUCCGUGGGGCCGUGGUGGUGAAGCCAAACGUGAGAAGGUUCACUGAGGCGGCGGCGAUCUUUGAGGAUGGGACGGUCGAGGAGAACAUCGAUCUGGUCGUCUUCGCCACGGGUUAUGCGGCAUCAUUUCCCUUCCUGGAGGAGUCCGUCCACGAUGUCUGUAAACGCAGUGUGUCCCUUUAUAAGCAGGUCUUCCCUCCACAGCUGGAGAGGCCCACGCUGGCUUUCAUUGGCUUCAUAGCAGUCACUGGGUCCAUCCUGCCGGCAGCAGAACUUCAGGCUCGCUGGGUCACGAGAGUCUUUAAUGGGUCAAACAAACUACCUACAGUGAAAAAGAUGAUGCGUGCAGUUGCUAAACAGGAGAAGGAGCUUCUUAAAAAGAAUAUUCCCAGUGACAAAGCAAGGUCAGGUUACGUGGUCUACAUGGAUGACAUCGCAAGCUGCUUUGGCGUCAAACCGAACAUGACACUGCUCUUCCUAUCAGACCCCAAACUGGCCUUGUCCGUUCUCUUUGGACCCUGCACUUCUUACCAAUACCGCCUGAACGGACCGGGGAAGUGGCAUAAAGCCAGAGAGAAAAUCCUGACCCAGUGGGACAGAGUUCUGAAGCCCCUGAAGACCCGGGUCGUAGAUGCCUCCCCCCGACACCCCAAGGCUCCUUGCUGGCUGAAAGUCCUUGCAUGGUCCGUGUUCCUUGGGACCGCCAUGCUCAUUUUUAAAUGCCCAUCUGCUUCAUGGUUGCCCAGGAUAAAGUGAAGCGAGAGAUGCCCUUUACAGAUCACAGCCGUUCCAGGUUAGUGCUGUAAUCACAGCUGUGGUGUGCGCAUUUGAAUACCACAUUGGUUUCAGAAAGCUGAUCAUGACAUGGAGACGGUGCUAUUCAAGGGCUCGCACAGAAGCUGCACAGAUGUUCUUUUGCUGUGUGGGUUCUAAAGGCUUGGGAAACAGAUGUUUCAAUUGCCAUGUGAUCUGACUGGAUCAAUAUGAAGCCCCCGUUUCUGUUUUCAUGAUCUGUUUCACUGUGCAGGUGACCUGUACGUUCGCCAAUGCAAUCCUAUACACGUUUCUUCAGAAAUAAGUCUCAUUAUAUGCAGUGGGGCUUAAUCCCAGGUUCAUUAAGGGUGGAAGUCUAAUAGUCUGGCAGUGUAGAAAUGUUGAGCUUCAGGGAGACAGCAGCUCAACGUCUUUGCAACCAAGAGCUUUUUUACACAAAGUAUGUACGAUAUUCCCUACCCACGGUUAUUUACGGGUUCUUCGGAUGACAUUGUGCCCCUCCAGAUUUUCUUCUGUUUCCUGCGAAAGAAAAUGCUAUUUCUAGUUGUGUAUUAGUUCUCUUCUUCUCUAUCACAGUACCACCUAAAGGUUAGGUAGGGGAAGAGCAGAAAAGGUAAAGCUCCUGGUUUUGAGCUCAGAUCCCCAUCCUGAGACAAAACCAAAAGAAGAAACAGCAGAUUAACAGCCUUAAGUAAAAAUGUUCCGAAUAUUUCACAUUGCCUCAUGUUUGCUUGCUGGUCUGUGACUAUAAUAAAGAGAACUUCAGUUUCACCUCCCCCUUUACCCUUCCCAAUAGCUCAUCAGAUCCAGACAGGCCGCUGGCUCAUUGAUCUUUUCUUCUUUCUAAUAGCUGCUGGUUAUAAAUUGUAAAAAUAGAAUUUAAACUUAAAAUUUAAUAAAGGUAUUUAAUAGGAA